AAAAUGGGGAAAACAUGGCAACGUAGCUGGGGGGGCCCUAUACCGUUCUAUCUAAAAAGCAGCGAGCCCGCAGCCGAACCAGUUACCUAGCGGGAGUGCCUACAGGUUCGAGCGCACUUGUAUCGUGCCCGGUAAAAAUAGCGUAAACCGCAAUUGUGUUAAUACGCGCAAAGAGGAGAUGGCCGAAUUGCGGGUGAAUGCUGCGAAAAAUCUGCGGUAAAGAGCCGAAUUGGGUCUUGCGUUAGAGCGGAAUUGUUGGGACUCGAGUUUAGAGAGUGCUUUGAGGUUUUUUUGGUGGGACUUUUUUGGUUGCGAGCAUUGUUGUUGAACACUUUGUUGUUUUCUUCUUGCUAGAGUGGAGUAUUGGUAGAGUUGAGUGGGUUUGAGUACCUGAACGUGUUUGCAGAGUUUUCAGAAGGGAAGCAGUUUUCUCCAAAGGUCACACGCACAAUACGUCAACAUGGGUUGCUUUGGAAGCAAGGACAAACUAUCGAAAGAGGACAUGGAUUUUUUAAAAUCACAUACGAGAUACGAUGAAAGCACCAUUAAGGAAUGGUAUAAAGGCUUUAAGCAAGACUGUCCAAACGGUAGACUAACCCCCGCCAAAUUCGUAGACAUGUACAAAAUGUUCUUUCCCAGUGGAAACGCGGAAGAGUUCUGCGACCACGUAUUUCGUACAUUCGACAUGGAUAAAAACGGAUAUAUCGAUUUUAAAGAAUUUUUACUUGCUAUAGACGUAACCUCCAGUGGCACCCCAGAAGAGAAACUCAAAUGGGCUUUCAGAAUGUAUGACGUAGAUGGAAAUGGCGUCAUAGAUAUUCAAGAAAUGACCAAAAUUGUUCAAGCCAUCUACGAUAUGCUCGGAGCAUGUUCGUCAAACCGACCGGCCGACUCUGCGGAAGAAAGGGCAAAAAACAUCUUCGCCAAAAUGGACGAAAACAACGACGGACAACUGACCCAAGAUGAAUUCCUUAAGGGAUGCCUGCAGGACGAGGAGCUGUCGAAAAUGUUGGCCCCUUAAGGCGUUAAAACUGUCUCAGUAAAGUUGCUUUCGAAACGUUUUUGUUGGGUCGCUUUAAGUAGAUUUUUUCUGUGUAAGAAUCGCUUCGUAUGAAUACAUAAAAUCGACUAGAAGCCUUCCCAGCGCUAACAUAGAUAAGGUGGCCUCCGUAAGGUUAUAAUAAUGAUCCUAAAACCAAAUAACAGGUCCAUUUCUGGUUGAAAACCUGGCACAAUCGUUCGAGAAUUAAAAGACUUUUUUUAUUCUAUUUAAGUAAUACAGUCAUACAUUAAAAAAAAAAAGAUAUAUUUAUCAGAUGUGUGUGUCAUUGUCGUAUUAAUAGAAGAAGUAAGGAGUUCAAUUUUAAAUCUAAAAAUUUAUAUACGGGAUGUUUUAGCAUAAAUAAGGGGGCAUAAUAUACGGGAUGAAGUCAUCCUCCGGCCAUAUCUUAGUAUUUUUUCAUGAUAGAUUUUUUGGGAACAAAAUUAUAAUAAAACGAAGCAAACGAAAAUGUUGGAUAAUCCCAUAGUUAAUACUCCAACACGUAAGGUAUUUAAAAUAUAUACAUGGUGUUUCUUAAAGACGUCUUAAAAUUUAAGGAGGGAUUCCUGCACCCAUUUUAAGCAAAAAAGUUCCUAUGAACAUAUGUCCUAAACGUCUUAACUUUUGAGAUACAGGGUGUUAAAAUUUUCAAAAAAAUCAGUUUUUUAAUAAUAACUUAAACAAUAUUAUAGACAUUUUUAUGAAAUUCAGUACAUGUAUUCUAUGCAUCAAGACGCAUUUUUUGAUGUGCAAAAAAAUAUUACGCCACUGCUUUUUCUCAAAAUAAAAAUUAUUUUUAAAAUCCUCAAUUACUUUUUUUUUCGUUCGACGAUUUCGUUUUUAUUUUUUUGAGCGAAAACCAUGCGUCGGACUAAAAAAACCGAAAGAUCAAAUUUGCUAAAAAGUGAUUGAGGAUUUAAUAAAUAAUUUUUAUUUUUUAAGAAAAAGCAGUCGCGUAGUAUUUUUCCACUAAAAAUAUUCAAUAGAAGACCUGGAGGCACGCCACUGGUAGAGAAAAUAUAUCUUUUUGCACAACAAAAAAUGCGUCUUGAUGCAUGGAAUACAUGUACCAAAUUUCAUAAAAAUGUCUACAAUAUUGUUUAAGUUAUUAUUAAAAAGCUGAUUUUUUUUGAAAACUUUAACACCCUGUAUCUCAACAGUUAAGACGUUUAGGACAUAUGUUCGUAGGAACCUUUUUUCUUAAAAUGGGUCCAGGAAUCAUCCCCUUAAAUAUUAGCACGUCUUUAAGGAACACCUUGUAUAUCUUUACUAGAGUAUGAUCACAAAUUACAAAAAAUGUGCAAAAAUGUCCGAAUACAAUUACAUGAAUAAACACAAUUUGGACAACUUGAACGGUAAACUGGUAGAAUGUAAAAAUGCUUCGUUAAAAAAUCGAUUAGGAGAUAUUCCAAAACAAUCGAAAUUUUGGAAAACUGUGAUUUGCUAAUUCAGUUAGUUGGUAAAAGGCAAAAAUUCGGAUAUUAAAUAUAAUACUACCUUCAGAUAGAGGAGUAAAGUGCAAUUUUUUGAGGAAUAAGAACAAAUAAAAAUAGUUUUCUAAAACUAUAUUUUUUUAAUAUGAGAGGAACAAUCUCCCUAUCAAUUUCGUUGAAAUUUGGCUAAUGUUGUUUGUUGUGAGAACAGGCUAAUUUAGGAUAAAUUAAUUUAAAAUAAUGACGGCAGUGGCGUCUCGGUAGGCAGCCUACCGAAUUUUUGACCAAAAAAUGUGGUUUACUGACUUAUAUACAACUUUCAUUUUUUUAAAUUACUAAAUCGACUAAAAAUGCAACGUUUUUGCAUGUUGCAUGUCCCUAAUUCUCUUAUAUUAUUCGAGCGUUAUUUCCAGACAUUCUACACGGCUAUUUUUGGAAAAAAAAUAUUUUUUGGACGCUCUGGGAUACAAUGGUACUAAUAUGUGGCCGAAAGACGACCUGGAGGCAUUUACAGUUUAUUAUGCAAGUAUUUUAAAUGAAACAAAAUAACCGUAUUAAAAUAACAAAAAAAAAAACAAUUUACAAUCAUCCCGUUAUGUUUUUGCUAAUAAAUAACUAAUAAAUCUUUUAUAAAAAAAAAAAUGUGUAAAAUUUUGUUGGAAAUCGAUGAAACUGUCAUCAAAAAAUUUUUGGAUAACCUAUUAGGAGAGUGCAUUUAGACAAAAAAAUAAUGUAAGAAAAUCUUCUACAAGCUGAAAUUAUCUGGGGAUAAUUCUUAAAAAAUCCAGUUAGAGAUUUUCUAAAACCAUGUAAGGAAAGUUACCAGAAAUAUUGUGUGUUUUACAUUUUUCCUUUUGCCUAAUUGCACUGCCUUAUAUACUAUAAUAUUAAUUAUAUAUGUUAUAACUCAUAUAUCAUAUAUCAUAAACUAUAUGAGUAUGCUGAUUUUAGCUUAAAUCGCCAAGUUCUCUUCAUUUAUGAAGACGCAUACUUUUUGUUAAAUGUUUAAAAAUGUCGUUUAUAAUAAUAUUAGUCGUAAAAAUAUAUUCCUAUAAUAUAAUGUAUCAUCCUCCUAAUUCAGUCAUUUUGCGAAUUAAACUGAAUAGCGCACAACCGCAAAGCGAAUUACCGCUUAUUUAAUCCGCAAUUUACUGUAAUUUUGUCAGUAAAAAAAAAGCAUUUACUUAGAAGUAAUUUAGCACAAUUAUCGAUUUAAGAACUAGGGGUUUGAACGGAGAAGUCGUUAAGAGAGAUAUUUGGAACAGCUGCGGGUUUUAUAUAAAUGAGCAAAGAUUCAUAUCGUUUAAUCGAAUUUAUAUUAAAAAUAAUCACAUUUAUAUUGCCAACAUAAUAAAAUAAUGUUGUUGUAGAUGGAUGGGGCCAAUAUAAAAUAUCGUUCAAUGUAAACGCUUAAAAACUCUUGCGUUUAUGCAAUAAUAUCAAUCAACAUUUUGUCCAGUAAUUCGAAUAUUUCUCCUAAGGGUUUCUUAACCAAUAUAUUCUGAAUACCACUUUGGACCAGAGUAUAGUCUGUCUAAAAAUUCUCUGUCUACUCUUUACCACUUAAGACAUCACAAUUUUUUUAUAUACUUGCCUAUUUAGGAUCCAAACUAGAAACUUGUGGAACUUUUAUCCCUGUUGGAGUUAAAUUUAAUUUAGUCAAUGUUAUAUUUUAAACAAACUUUGUUUGCUGAGAAAAUUAUGUUUAUUUUUUUGUUGAUCUAUUAAAAUCUUGAUUUAUUGGAGUUUUUGGGACUGCUCCUGAAGAGUUUAAAGAAUGUUGACUUUUUUGCCAUUCUUGCAUUAUUCUUAGAUGAUUCUUCUUUUAGAUUUGUCUUAAAGCCUAAUUUUAAUAUCGUGGAUAUCCUAAGGUCAUAUAACUAUAACCAUUUGAUUUACCAUUUAUAAAAAAAGGACCAUUUUUGACUAACACCCUGUAUGGUUUAGGCUCAUGAAAAAAUUAAAAUUAUUUUGUAAAAGUUAAUUUCAUUUUAGAUUUCUCAUAAAGUAGGCAAUCUUAAUUUAUUCUUAAAUAAAUAUAUAGCGGGGUUUAGCUAGGAAUAUUUAAAGGUAUAAAUGUAGUCCAGGCAGUAGGGCUUUUUACCUUGCAAAAGGUGGGGUAGAAGUUAUUUUGGGAUAUGUUAGUUACGGGUAGACUGUGACCAAAAAUACAAAAUUUCGACCUUGGGGGAAGACCGCGAAGAAGUUCUUUAAAAAAAUACUUCAAACAACCAUUUUUUAGUUUUAAAAAAUAGGUUUUUAGCUAUUUCAGUAAUUUUGUUACCCUUGUUAAAAGAGGUGAUAUUUUUUCGCUAUCGUUAAUAGUAAAAUGUCAUAUUUAAUUACAUAUCUCUCACGAAAUUGAAACAAUACUCAGUUUGCAAUGUAAACUGAAAGCUUAUUUCUACAUCACCAUGAGGUAAAGCUAAUCGGCGCGUUUUUUUUUACCGUGGUGUAGGCCUACUUCACAUAUUUCACUUUUCAUUUACGUUUCAGUUUCUCUUUUAGAUGGUCAUGGUUAAUUUAUGUCUUCAUCCUGAAUUUCGUCAUCUAAGUCAUUACCAGUUCUUUGGAUAAUUGGAUCCUCAAUUGAUAAUAGUUCCUCAUCCUCGUCCUCGCUGUCGAUGAGAACCUCUGUGGCAUUGUCGCAUGUCUGACCAUUACAGAAUCUACACAUUAUAGAGCAAUUCAGUCCAGCUUUUUUGCAGCUACAUGCUCCUCCGCACCCUUUUUUACAAUGACAUGAAAUAAUUUUUAAUAAUAUUUCUGGAGCUGAUUCCUCUGUCAUAGUUACGAAAGAAAAACCAUUUGCACCAGGUUUCCAUCCCCAGUCUGCCUUUUUUUGGAUUCCAUACCACUGUUGAACUUAAUGGUAUGUUCUAAAUGAAUGAUACCGUGCGGCGUUCCUAGUUGGUGGGAGAGAGACAAGAUUAAAUCGAUAAUUUGGAUUUUUGAAGAGUGUCUACUCAUAAAUAAUAUAUUUCUAUAUAAUUCCUACCCCACCUUUUGCAUGCCAAAGACCUUUUUUUGUACCCACUUACUGGUCUAAUGGGUAACAGAUACAAAUUUGUAUAUUUCUUUUUGCCGGUCCUAUAUUUUCUAUAAAAAUUAUUUUUUUUAUAUAUAGUUUCUUGUUUAAAAAUGCUGUAAUAAUAUUUUUUAUAUAUUUUCAUUUCCAACGAUAUACCAAAAGUUAAACUUUCGAUUUAAAAAUGGUAUUUAACAGAAUUACAGUUACUUUCGGUUAAUCCAAACGUGCGCGAAAAAAAUAAAAUGAAAAGUUGAACAGUUACUAUAACGAUAACUGAAUUAAACUGUGAGUUUAGGGCAAGGUAAAUGAUUAAUUUGUCAUUAUCCUUGAGAAAUUUAAACACUUGAAUCUAUUAAGCCAGCAAAACCUCGAUAAUACCUACAAUUUCCAAAGUCGUUAGUUUUGAAUUAUCAACUAUAUAUAAUAUCUCUUAGUGAGCAAUAAAAGAAAAAUAUAAUAACUUUUUAGCACCAAAAUCUCCAGAACAUUAAUUUGAAUAACUUGUGCAUUAUUUAGAUUAAAAAAACUGUUUCUAGUAAACCUUUGGUAAAGUUUCCUUCCAAUCGCAAAUUUCUUCGCAUAUUUCUGACAAAACCAGCAUAAAACGAGUUUUGUCUCAUGGCCAGAAAACCAUUUCUUGGUUUAGACAAAAAAUAAAUUGUCCAAACAUUUCUUACGCAUGUCCAAUCGAUUUUUCUCUCCACGAAACAGUCUAUUGCGUAAAUUUCCUUUGAUGUUCUGAAAAGCCGACAAGUAUUGUAUUAUCACAGCUGUAACCCUCUUAUUAUUUAUAGUCCCAUCACAGGAAAGAUAGCAGACAUAAACAACUGGCAUCGCUUUAAAUUCAAUAUCAACAUUAAGAAUACGAAGAAAUUGAUAACUAUUAAAGACCACAAUAUCUCGAUUCCUUUGCAAAUCCACGACGUCACAAGUCCUAGAAAUGGUAAAUCAUGUUAAAUAUUUGGGGUUCUAAAUAAUUGAAACAGAUACAGCCUGAGACUAAUGCAGUGUUAUGUCUAGUCAAUCCUGUUCUAAGAUUACUUGGACAAAGAAAAUUACCAACGAUGAAGUACUUUAGAGCAGAAAGAGUGAGCGAAAGCUACUAUAUACGAUGAAAGUGAGAAGAAAAUAGCAUAUUUAGGCCACCCACUCAGGCACGACUUUUCCUAACUAAUAGUCGAGAGAAAGUUGGAAGGAAAAAAAGGGUUUGAGAAGAAACCGACUGUCCUGGAUGUGAAACAUCAGACCACGCAUUUACCAAUGCGAUCGCCAACCUGUAUUAAAGACGGAAAGAAGAAGAAGGUACACAAUAACAUUUCUUAGCUGUAAGUAUUCGAAACUUACCGCUGAGAGCAAUCUGCUUGUUUAUAAAUUUAUUUAUGUUUGAAUUUAGUUGUGAAUUGAUUACAACUCAUUUGUCAAUAAGCCACGAAAGCUCAAUACUGCCACGAAAGCUGGUAUGGAAUUAUGAAAGCCGGUAUGCCUUCUUCGGAACUGAAAAUCUUCUUAAGCUUUCUUUAAGUGAAAUUGAUAGCGAUGAACUAUUACUCAUCAAAAUAAAAAGCCCUACAAGAAAGUCUCAUUUCAAACGGAACUUUCGCAUCCAAGUAGUUAGCGAUUUUGGCAAUGGGCCACAUAAUUUGAAAAUUCAGUUUCAGUGUCAGUUUGUAAAAUAAUCGCAAAUAAUUUCUUUAUUGGAUUCAUUAAGGUGCAACAGGAAUUCAUAGGCAAUCUGACUCAAUGCUUCCUUUGCGCCGAUUCAAUUAUUCAAAGAAAGUAGAAGAAACAUUCAUCAUCCUCUUUUUAACUUGAGACCUAGGUUUGUCAUUGCAAUUUAAUACAUGGAACUUUACACCCAAAACCUAGAGUUAACUAGACGUGUAUAUUAAUAUAAAAAAAUUAACUUAUUACCUAUAAAUACUAAUUUUUAAUUUUCUCAGAAAAUAAAGUUAUACUUAUUCCUGUUUUUGUUCCUUGAUAUAAAUAAAUGUCUUUAUACAAUAACUCUUCUUAUGUAGCAAACGGUAGGUCUCCUAGGCGAUACUAAAGCACACAUUAAGAGUCCUAUUUACCAUUUUCACGUCACGUAACGUUGAGCAAGUGCAAGAAGUAACGUUUUUUUUUGUAAUCGAUGCUUAACAUGCUAAAAUUAUCAGCACGAAAGACCCAGUAAGACCUUAAUGUGGAACAGUGUUGUUUGCAGUCUAUUAGUUUAUAUAAUCGUGUUUUUUUUGUUCAUUUGGGCUCCUGGAGAACGAAAUUCGAGGUACCACAAUAAUUUAAAUUCUAUUUUCGAUUUAAAGAGCAAAAACAGUGCUGCAUUCAUAUAAUUUUAUUUUUUAUAUAAAUUAAAAUUUAGCAAAAUUUUUAAUUUAGGAUAAUAUAUUACGCUGGCAAAAAUGUUUUUAUAGAUAAGCUUUUCUGGUGAUUUGUAAAUAAUUAGUUGACAAAUUUUAGUUUAGUUUAUAUAAUAAUUAUUGUUACAUGUAGAGAAGACGGUAACUGGGAUGUGAUACGUAGCAUCAUACAUGUUUGUCUUAUAAUCUUUAAAUUAAGGUACAUAUACAGGAUGUCUUGAAAAAUACAAGACCGGCAAAAAUAAUAAAAAAGUUACCAAUGUAGUGCUUCUCUUAAUCCUUUUACGUAUUGCAAAAUCUUUAUUGGUUUCCUCAUCAAAGAAGACGUUAAAUGUAGUUUGAAAGUUUUAUAAUUUUUGAAUAUUUUUUUUUUUAAUACGGUCCUGUUUUAACUGUUUCGUCUUGUUUUUUCUUCUCUUUAAAAUAAUGCAUUAGAUGCAUUUGUGUUCUGACUAUUCGAAGUAAAAAUUUCUAUCAUUAAGAAUUUUUUUAUGGAGGCAGAAUUGCCUUUUUUUUAAUUUCAUAAACAGUACUAUUUUGUACUCAAUAUUUAAUAUUUUUAAAUAAUAACUAUGAAAACUUAUACCAAUAAUAUAAAUAUUUUUUUAUAAUACUUACAAUAAAUUAUGACAGUAAACAAAAUAAUAAUUAUAUAACAGAUAUUUGCAAAUAAGUCUUUUAAUAAUAAUAAUAAUAAUAAUAAUAAUAAUAAUAAAUUGGUUUAUUCGACAGUAAUAACGCAUAACACAAAAAUUAUUUUUAAUUAGCUACAAAGGAAUACUUAAAUAUAGUUAUUACCACAAAAAGGGGUGUAUGGUAGUUUUCAACUGAUAAUAAAUAUACUCCCUAUGGCUAUAAUGUAUAUCUAUAAAAUACAAGGCAAUAAAUGAAAUAAAAUUCUUAUCCGUCACUAUAGCACGUUAAUGCAUUUGUAUUUGCGUACAUUUUGCAUACAUAUGCAACUUUUGGUUUAGAAGAAAAAAAAAACAAUCCGCUAUGAACCACAACUGAGACGGGAUGAAAGCAACCUUCUAUAAAAAAUGAUUAACUCUCUUGUAAAUUGUCCUUGGCACUUUUAGUUGAGAUUUGGUUUAUGAGUUUAUUAGCAAGUUUUUUUAUAAUGCUAUUUCAAUGAUGCCGGUUUUUAACUUUUUAAAUCAGAGACUAUAUUAUUGUAUAGCAUGUAAAUAUGCUAGGAGGGCGGAGAUAGCAAACUCUUAAAUCUCAGAUUUAAGGUAUAAACGUCUGAUCCAAAUUUAAUUUCUUGGUAAAGAUAUGAAGGGCUUUUGUUAAAAAUUAAAGCAUGAAACAAAACCAUUAAGUGAAGUUUUAAUUUGUAAAUAACUGGGUCGAAUUUUCUUAUACCAUAUACAAACCUCAAACAGGGACCAUAAGUCGCAUCACAAUAAUUAAAGUGGCUCAAUAUUAUUCUUUAAUUGUAUUUCUAAGAUCACUAAAUUUUGACGUUUUUUACAAACUCCUUAAUUUUGAAACGAAUAAAAAUUUUGCGACACUAAGUAAAAGUAAAAUUGGUAACUCUUUCUAAUUUAACAGCUAAUAGCUAAAAUAAGACACCCUGUAUAGGAUGCGCCAAAAUAUACUCAAGUAAAGUUUUUAAUAAAUGAUUUUUAGAUUUAUGCUUCUAUGGGGUGAUUUAUUAAAAAAACGAGUACUUAAGAAUUACAACAAGCUAUUGAAAAAAUACAUCAGAUAAUAAUAAAACGAAAAAAUAUUCCAUGAUAAAGUACGAAAAUUAUAUCAAUUUUCAGGAUUUUCUAAACCUACUUAUACAUUUUUUUUUAAUUGUUAUUAACUCCUAGCAGAUUACACUAUCGUCUUUAUCAUAAUAGGAAUCAGCAUUAUUGAUGAAUCGCUAGUAACGCGCCCUCUCAUAGUAUUGGCGCGCAACAUCUUCAGUCAGUUGUGCCGUUAAUGUUUAAUACACAUAUUGCUGCUUUUUAUUUUGUUAUAUAAUAAAUGUAUGUGCAGCAUCCGUUCGGUUCUUAUCCCCGUAGGGGAGAAGGUGGCACUUUUGAACAUAUUUACUAAAAUUUUUAAAAGUGAGGAACAGCUUUUCCAGAUGUAGAAUAUUUUUACUUUAAGCUCGGACUGAAAAAAACUAUUGAAAUUUUAGUGUGUUUUGUUUGACACGCAAAUAAACAAUAAAUGUCAUACUGUUCAAAUGUACCCCAGCUGUGGGGUAUAUUUGAACAGGCAAAGGGGCACAAAUAAGCAGUACAUAUAUAUUGGAAGUUUUAUGGAUUUUUAUUACAAAAAAUCUAUCGUAAAUUAAAUUUAUUAUAUUAUUUUAUAUUUAAAUUAAUAACUAAAUAAUUAGCAGCAAUUUAUGUGUCAAAGACAGCAUUAUGUGUUAUUAAUGACUGAAGAAGCUUGUCAAGCAGCCAAUCAAGAUAUUUUAAUAGCGUAUACUAUUUUAAUAUAUUGUGUGUCUUUAUUAGUAUGAAAACCAUUUUAAGACAAAAAAUAUAUAUAUUUUUGGCCAUAUAUUAUUCAGUUAUUUUUGGUUGGUUAUACUCUAAAGUACAAUUUUUAGGAAUCGCCAUAGAUACUUUAGGGUAAGUCCGGGAUAGUUGGCUCACUUUUUUAAAAAAUGACAUAAAAUGAAAACCCAAAAGUUAAUCAAACCAAAGAAUAGAGGUUAAACAUAAGCAUUUAUUCCAGUUAACGUCAAAAGUAACAUUUAAAGAAAACCAAAAAAACGAACUCUAUAGUUUUAAAAAAAUAAGCUGAAUGGGCCAACUCUCCCAGGUGCUAUGGGUUAGUUAGCUCACCCAACUGGGUGAGACGGCCCAUUAAAAAAACUUAAUUUAACAUUGCUUUUUAGAUAAAAAUUUUUCCAUAUAGGUCACAGAGAUUCAAACAUUUAGAGCAGCUUUCAUGGAACCACCUUGUGCAGUGAAUACAUUGAAUCCAGUCAUCAGUUUUAAUUGUGAGUAUGUAUAUCUCGCCACAUCCAAGGCAUUCUGUAGAAUCGUCUUCUUUUGAGCAAUCCUCAAAUUCGGAAACAUAGUCGUCUGAUGUGUCAGUAUCUGUGGAUGAGUCGUCUUUAUUUAAUUUAAGUUUUUUCGCUCUUGGUUUUUGGGUGGUUAAGUUUAAUUUAUUUUUCCCUUUUAUGUUUUUAGUUUGUUCCUUUACACAUGAACCAUUUGACCCAUCAUCAUUAUUUUUUUUUUGCUUGUUUAUAAUCGUCGUAUUUUUUUUAAUUUCUUUUUUCUUUUCUUUGUCCUUCUUACGCGCGUUAGCCAAUUUUUGUUUUUGAAUAUUUUCCGGAGAUGUUAGGAUGCAAGCUACCUGUUUUGCUCUUUUUCGUUCAUUUUCAAUAUUAGCUGAUGUGCUUGACACAAGCGAAAAUUUGUUUAACAAUGUUCCGGGUGUGUCCUGAUUUUGAUCUUCAUCACGUUCCGAUGGUAUGUUAUUCAAGCCUGACGUUGACGUGGAUGGUAUUGCUUGUUCUUGUUUUGGAAUUUGAUUUUCAUCAUUAUUAGCCCUAUUUGCAUCAUUAUUAACUGUUGCCGUAUUAUCUAAAAAUGUUUCUUUUUAUAAAUAAAUAAAAAUAAGUUUGUUAGAGGGACCACCGUCUAUAGAUUACAACAAGUCAGACCACUUCCUAUACCGCCCGUGUUAAAGCAAAAUUGACCUUGAAUCCCGCGGUUUGCUGCGUACGAGCGUUUACCAGGGUUUAUCGUAAAUAUCGAUGAAAGCAAAUUCUGAGGCACGCCACCGAACAUAAACUAGAAUAGAAGGAUCACUCUAAGCGCCGCCCAAAAUGUUGCCUUUCUCACUCGCUUUCUGAUGCUACUCUUUUUUGCUGCCCGGUGGCGACUGCGUUAUACAGGGGCGUCUUCAAUAUUAGAACUAUAAUAGCGUUGUGCGGAAGUUUUGUACUUUAAAAAUGCCGGCGAUAUGUUGCGUAGAUGGCUGCAGGAGUAAAAGAUGAUAUACAUUUUUUUUUAAUAAAAAUUGAUUAGUUUACAGAAAAAAAUACACGCUUUUCUUCAGUAUUUCUGAAAUAUCUCGGAAAAUUGAGAUCCUACAAAAAAAUCUAAUAAACAAAAGUUGGUUUAAAAACAAAAGAUUGGCUUUUGUUUGAUUUAUCUAGGUGCUAUAGGCGCUAAGAUACAACUGUGUGAACAUAACCCCUUUUUUUAGAUAACAAAAUAUAAUGACGUAAAAUAAUAACGUGAAAUAAUUAAAAAAAACGUUUUUUAGACAAAUAUCUAGCACAUUUUUUCAAGUAUGUACUAUCGAAAACUUUAAAAAUAAACUUGAUUGUAAGUCAUUAGCAUAAAAAUUAAAAAAGUUAGGAAUAAAAUAAAAAUAAUUGCACUUUUAAAAAAAAUUAUCAUAAAAAAUUAUGUAUUUAUUUCAAAAAUUAAAGCGUAGCCUUCUACAAUGGACUAUAUAUAGGUACCAAUA